UUGACGAACGAAUCCGUUACAGGUCAGUCUUGUGACGACUUUCCUCAAGAACGGAUCGAAAAAUAAAUAAAAAAAAAUAAUUUUUAAUUUUAAUUAAAAAAAAACUUAAAAUGCCUCCAAAAGACGAUCCUGAAACAGCAAAAGUUCGCAAAGAAUGCGACGAUUUAAUCAAAAAAAUCAGGGAUGAGCAAUCCAAAGUGAAUGACUGUAAGUUGGAAGAAAAGUGCGGAGAUAUGGGAGAUGCACCAAGAAUACGUCUUUCGACGAAGAAAUUUCUCAAAGGUCACAUCAAUAAAGUCAAUUCCGUGCAUUAUUCGGGUGAUUCGAGACACUGCGUCACUGGAAGUUUGGAUGGAAAACUCAUCAUUUGGGAUUCCUGGACCGGAAAUAAGACGCAAGUCAUAAUGUUACGCUCGGCUUGGGUGAUGAGCGUCGCCUUUUCCGAAUCGGGAAAUUUUGUUGCUUGCGGCGGCAUGGACAAUAUGUGCACCAUUUAUGACUUAAAUAAUCGCGAUUCGAGUGGAUGUGCGAAAAUCGUGCGAGAAUUGGCAGGAUAUGAGGGUUUUUUGAGUUCCUGUCGCUUUUUGGAUGAUGGUCAUAUUUUAACGGGAUCAGGAGACAUGAAAAUCUGCGUUUGGGACUUGGAAAAGGGAAAACGUGAAGUCGAGUUCGAGGCGCAUCAAGGAGAUGUCGUUUCCAUAUCAAUGUCACCCGAUGGGAAGCAAUUCGUAACGGGAUCUGUCGAUAAAACGGCGAGACUUUGGGAUGUACGAGCCACGGAACCGAAACAAACGUUUUGGGGACACGAAGCUGAUGUCAAUAGUGUUUGUUUCCAUCCAAAUGGUUAUGCGUUCGCUACAUGCUCGGAGGAUAAGACAGCACGUUUGUUCGAUAUUCGUAGCGAUCAAGAGUUAGCAAAGUACGAAGCCCCAAAUAAAAGUUCUGGAUUCACUUCGUGUGCAAUGUCGUUGAGUGGACGACUUCUUUUAUGUGGCAGCGAUGACAAUAAUAUCCAUUGUUGGGAUGCGUUGAAGUGUCAACAUAAUGGUUCCUUGGGCGGACAUGAAAACCGCGUAACUUCCAUUUCCUUGAGUCCCAAUGGCAUGUGCUUGGCUUCCUGCAGCUGGGACAACAACGUACGCAUAUGGGGCUAAAAACAUCCUUUUUCAAAAAAUAUAUUGGAAAAAUUCGUUUAUUUCACAUUUUUUUGUUCGUUUCUUUGGAAUUUUGAUAUGUUGCGAGACAUACAUUCAGUAAUUUUUCAGUCAAAACGUAGAUUCAACAAUUUAUGGCAUAAUUUUUAAAAAUUAAA